AUGGUUGGUCGUCACUGUGAUUGUACACUCAUAAAGAACCAACUCUUUUCUGGCAGUUCUGAACAAAAUAUAAUCUUAAUUGUUGGAAUGGUGGGUAUUGGAAAGACGACUGUAGCAAGAAAUGUGUAUGAAGAUCCAUCAGUUGCAUCCUAUUUCGAUGUAAGAGCUUGGGUUACUAUACCUCCUCGUCAACACUACAGUUCAACCAGAAUGCUAAGCCAACUUCUUCACUCAAUUACACCAGUAGAAGUGCCAAAUAUAAUUAAAAAGGGAAGCACUCCUCACGAACUAUCAAUGCAGUUAAUUGUUGAAGUUGCCAAGCGUUUAUCUAAAUGCAACAACAUACAACAAGGGUGGAAAAAGAUUGAAAAGGAAUUAGAGUCAUUGGGACUUCUAGAUCGCAAUGCACUCAGUGUUAGUUACGAUAUGUUGCCAUAUCAUUUGAAAGUUUGUUUUCUAUACUUUGGAGUCUUCCCAAAACGUAAAAAAAUUCUGGUUAAAAUGCUUAUAAUGUUGUGGAUAGCCGAGGGAUUUGUGAAUCCAUUGAAACAUAAGGAGUUUGAAGAUGAAGCUUAUGAGUACUUACAAGAGCUUACUGAUAGAAGUCUUCUCUUAAUUGAAGAUCGAAGUUGUAACGGUAAAAUAAGGACUUGUAGAAUGCACAGUGCCUUACAUAGCUUCUGCAUAGGAGAAGCUCAAAAAGGAGGUAUUUUAUGUGCAGUAAAUACUCAACAACAUUCAGGAUUAUCAUUAAAAGCAUUUACAAAUUCCUGUCGUUGGCUAAGUGCUUACUCACACAGUUUUGACUAUUAUGUGCUCUUUGGUACGAACAUCCCUUGCUCCAUUUUCUUCUUUCUUGAAAAUCCUGAAAUGUUUGUACCUCCCAAACUGUUAAGAGUUUUGGCUUUUGAUACUUCUAUAUCACUUCAAAGAAUGCCAGUGCAAUUAGGAGGUUUAGUUUUUCUGAGAUACCUAUCCAUAACACAAUGGUUUGAGGAUCUGGAUGAUGUAGUGUCAAAUAAUCCAAAUUUAGAGACACUUGUUGUUUCCGGUAAUGGAGCACCCACAGUCCAUUUGCCAUCUAGUAUUUGGAAGCCACCAAACUUAAGGCAUCUCGAACUUGGCAAUUCAUAUAUGGUAGAUCCUCCAAGUGCAGAUAAAAAUAAUUUACAAACAUUAUCUUGGGUGGUGAGACCAAUUCAUUGCAGACAAAAGGUGUACAACAAGUUCCCUAACAUAAAAAAUCUGAAAAUUUUCUUGAAGGAUGACAUAGAGCCCAGUCACAUAGGAGGGUCUUGCAGCAAUCCUAUUAUUUUGGAUCAUUUUGACUUUUUGGAAGGGCUCGAGAAGCUUAGCAUUUUGGAUUCUAUUGGUUUGAAUGCAGCCCUUCCAGAAGAGUGUGUGUAUCCUUUGGGACUGAAAAAGUUGAAGUUGAGUGGGACUAAUAUUUCUGAGAGGGAUUUAAAUGUAAUUGCCAAGUUACCCCAACUUGAGGUGCUCAAGUUGGAAAAUGCCUUCCAUGGAACAGUAUGGAACUCACUAUCUAAAGGAGGAUUUCCUGUACUAGUAUUCUUGCUGCUUGAAGCUAAAGAACUCAAGCAGUGGGUAGUUGGCCAGAAGCACUUUCGGAUGCUCAAACACUUAGUCUUAAGAUCCUGUAAUUGUUUAGAACAGAUCCCGGAGUGUUUUGAAAGAAUACCGUUGCUGGAGUCAAUCGGGUUGGAGGGGUGUCACUCUUCCCUUGCCGCUUCUGCCAAGGAGUUACAACAGAAGAGAAGAUUCAAGGAUGUUAAGAUCAAAAUUCUUGGUCCCGAAUAUGAUGACUCACAGAAUACACAUACAGAAUUGUGUAUGUAAGAUGAUUUGGCCGGCCAGCCUCAUAGUAAAUAACUGUUGGAAAACGAUCGAGUAACCAGA